CUCUCUCUCUCUCUAUCACACUAUCUAUAUAAAUAAUUUCCCCUGUUUUGCGUUCAAGCUAUGCUUUCUCUCCUCUCUAAUAAAAACUGAACAAGACAGACAUGCGAAAGCGGGUCGCCUGUGAUCCUACUCGGAUUCAAUGUCGUCGGAACGCCUUAUCUCCGGCGGCGGCGCGUCGCCGUGCGCUCCAAUCCAGUCGAUGUCGUGGUACGGUUCCGAACCGGAGAGGAUCUUCGAAGAACUCCCGACGGCGACUAUCGUGUCGGUUUCUCGACCGGACGGCGGCGAUAUUAGUCCCUUGCAGUUGUCGUACACCAUUGAAAUCGAAUACAAACAGUUUAAGUGGCACUUACUGAAGAAAGCUUCGCAAGUUAUCUAUUUACACUUUGCUUUGAAGAAGCGUGCAAUAAUUGAAGAAUUUCACGAGAAACAAGAGCAGGCAAGAGAAUGGCUUCAUAACAUAGGAAUAGGAGAUCAGACAGCAGUUGUGCAUGACAAUGAGGAGCCUGAUGAUGGUGCUGUUCCCGUCCAUCAUGGAGAUGUUGCGAAAAAAAGAUACGUUCCAUCGAGGGCUGCUUUGCCAGUCAUUUGUGCAGUGCUGGGAGCACAGCAGACCAUUUCGGAAAAUGCAAAAGUUGCGAUGCAAGGUUAUCUGAAUCACUUUUUAGGAAAUCUGGACAUUGUGAAUUCCCGAGAGGUCUGCAAGUUUUUGGAGGUCUCUAAGCUCUCUUUUUUGAAAGAAUAUGGUUCAAAGUUGAAAGAAGGUUAUGUAAUGGUUAAGCAUCUCGCAAAAAUUCCAAAGGAUGAUGAUUGUUAUGUCUGUCGUUGGUUUGACUGUUGUUACAACAACUGGCAAAAGGUUUGGGCUGUAUUGAAGCCUGGGUUCUUGGCCUUACUGGAAGAUCCUUUUGAUACCAACCUUUUGGACAUAACCCUUUUCGAUGUGCUGCCAGAUUCAGGAAAAGAUGGAGAGGUCCAAGUUCAUUUGGCAGAGGAGAUAAAGGAACCCAAUCCUUUAUGUUACACAUUUAAGGUUUCUUGUUCAAACCGGAUCACAAGGUUAAGAACCACCAGUAAUGCUAAAGUCCAAGGAUGGAUUUCAGCAAUCAAUGAUGCUGCUCUAAACCCUCCGGAGGGUUGGUGUCAUCCUCACCGCUAUGGUUCUUUUGCUCCUCCAAGAGGUUUAAUUGAGGAUGGCAGUCAAGCUCAGUGGUUUGUAGAUGGCCAAGCAGCGUUUGAAGCAAUUGCUUCUUCUAUAGAGACUGCAAAGUCAGAGAUAUAUAUGACUGGAUGGUGGCUUUGCCCAGAGCUGUAUUUGAGACGUCCUUUUCACAGUCACAGUUCCUCCCGACUUGAUGCUUUACUUGAAGCAAAAGCUAAGCAAGGCGUCCAGAUUUACAUUCUUCUGUACAAGGAGGUUGCUCUCGCUUUGAAGAUCAACAGUUUGUACAGUAAGAAUAGGUUACGUAACAUUCACGAGAAUGUGAAAGUACUGCGCUAUCCUGACCGUUUCCCCGCUGGCAUUUACUUGUGGUCGCACCAUGAGAAACUUGUCAUUGUUGAUUACCAGAUUUGCUUUAUUGGAGGACUAGAUCUAUGCUUUGGCCGUUAUGACACACCUGAACACAAAGUGGGUGAUUACCCUCCUUUAAUAUGGCCUGGAAAGGACUACUAUAACCCAAGAGAAUCGGAACCAAAUUCUUGGGAAGACACUAUGAAAGAUGAACUAGAACGCGAAAAAUAUCCUCGCAUGCCAUGGCAUGAUGUCCAUUGUGCUAUUUGGGGACCAGCUUGUCGUGACAUUGCUAGACAUUUUGUUCAGCGUUGGAACCAUGCUAAGCGAAAUAAAGCUCCAAAUGAACAGGCAAUUCCACUUCUUAUGCCACACCACCACAUGGUGCUCCCACAUUACAUGGGAAGAAGCAGAGAGAUUGAUAUUGAGAGCAAUGCUGAACUUAAGCCGAAGGACAUUUGUAGCCGGGACUCAUUUUCCUCUCAAUCACCAGUGGAAGAUAUUCCGUUGCUUUUGCCCCAUGUAGCAGAUGGCUUAGAUACUGCAAACGUAGACAGUCAUUUGAACGGCCUGGACAAGCAUCAAAAUCAACAUGAUCUUGACCAGCCAAACAGGAUUGGUCAACGAUUUUCGUUAUCCCUCCGAAAAACCAUAGUUGAACCUUUAGUUCCAGAUAUGACGUUGGAAGGGUUUGUGGAUGACCUUGAUUCCACAGACCUUCAAAGUGCUAAGAAUGUGGAUUCAAUGGAAGACUCUGACUUGCAAAUUUCAGAUGAGUGCUCGGAUACACAGGAGAGAGGUCGUCAAGAUGUUUCAGCUGAUGAAAUUUCACAAGUUGGGCCUCGGUCCCCAUGCAGGUGUCAGGUUAUCAGAAGUGUCAGCCAGUGGUCUGCCGGAACCAGUCAAAGUGAAGAUAGCAUUCAUAGAGCAUAUUGUUAUCUCAUUGAAAAAUCAGAGUACUUUGUCUACAUUGAGAAUCAAUUUUUCAUUUCAGGACUUUCAGGGGAUGAAAUCAUACAGAACCGUGUCCUUGAAGCUUUGUAUAGGCGUAUCCUGCGAGCUCACAAAGAGCAGAAGUGUUUCAGGGUUAUUGUUGUCAUACCACAACUGCCAGGUUUCCAGGGGGGGCUGGAUGAUGGUGGUGCAGCGACUGUGAGAGCUAUAAUGCACUGGCAGUAUCGAACCAUUUCCAGAGGGAAAAACUCAAUAUUGCAUAAUCUUAGUGAAUUGCUCGGUCCAAAGGCAAAUGACUAUAUUUCUUUCUAUGGCCUGAGGACACAUGGUAAACUCUCUGAUGGUGGUCCUUUUGUCACAAGUCAGGUUUAUGUUCAUAGCAAACUGAUGAUAAUAGAUGAUCGCAUUGUGUUGGUUGGAUCAUCCAAUAUAAAUGAUAGGAGUUUGCUUGGAUCAAGGGACUCUGAGAUUGCUGUAGUAAUUGAAGAUACAGAGUUUCUCGAAUCAUCGAUAAAUGGGAUCCCUUGGAGGGCUGGAAAAUUUGCUUUGAGUCUUCGGCUUUCCCUCUGGUCGGAGCACCUUGGUCUUCCGGCAGGACAGAUUAACCAAAUCAGAGACCCCAUAGCCGAGUCUACUUAUAAGGAUUUGUGGUUGGAAACUGCGAAGAUUAAUACCGCAAUCUACCAAGAAGUCUUUGGUUGCAUCCCCAAUGAUCUUAUUCACUCCAGGUCUGCAUUUAGACAAAGCAUGAGCCACUGGAAAGACAAGAUUGGACACACCACGAUUGAUUUAGGAGUAGCCCCUGAGAAGCUAGAAAGCUGUGAGGAUGGAGAAAUCAAAGUAACAGAUCCAAGGGAUAAACUGAAGUCGGUGAGAGGACACCUUGUUCUUUUCCCAUUAGAAUUCAUGUGUCAGGAAGAUUUGAGACCGGUGUUUCUUGAGACUGAGUUUUAUACAUCCCCACAAGUGUUCUAUUAAGCAGUAUAUAGGAGGGGUCAAACCCUAUCUUGUACAUUAAUGCAAAUAGAUGGAAAAGUAGUAUAUCUGUUUAUAAAAUCCAGGUUAAGGUAAAAUAAAAUUGUAGAGAGCAGCACUGGUAGUAAUGUAGGCAAGGCCACAUUGGCCUCACAUGAUGUGUUGGUACAGAAGUGAUGCAAUAAAAACUUUAUUUUAGUUUAGAGAAAACUGAAGUAAUUAUUUGAAUUUGUUUGAUUGGGAUA